AGUGAUCUGUCUUGUAAUAUUGUAGUUAUCAAACAUAUAAAUUGCCAUCUAACUUAAUUUGUAUCUUUACAGGUGAAAUGUAACUCUUUCACUUCAGGGGGCUAUAGGGAUGUGUUACAGGACCCCCGGAGGGCUUAAUGCGAGAAUCAGACAGAUGAAGGUGACUGGUCCAUUUUCUCAGAAAACGUAAAUAAAAACAGGUAUUUAUAAUGUGAGCUACGUUUCUUGUCCAUUUUCUCACCAACAGAAAGUUAGAUUCAUCUUUAGACUAUCAGGAAAGUCAAGGAAACAAUAAGUCAAUUCGCACACACAACUUCUUCAGUACAUGUGAAGUUAUUUAAAGUUAUAGGAGCUUUGUUUUUAGUUUUAUAAAAGUGAUUCUGCAUCAUGCAUGACUUAAUGAAAUGCGUGUAUCUUCAAUGAGGAAGCGGACUCCGGCGCAUCGUGGUGCGUUAUUAACUCUAGAUACAACAUUCAUGCUCGAGGUUAUGUUUCUCUUCUUUUUUCCUUCUAUGUUCUUAAGAGGACCUGUUCUCAGACUAAUGUGAGCUUUUGCCGCCUCCUGCUUGCAGCCCACUCGGCCCCCUGCCCUCCCUACCCCUGCCCGCCUCCCCGGCUCUUUUUCCCACUGCUGUGAGGAGCAGGACGCGGCCACAGCGGCGGGAAGCAAAUUAUCUACAAGCACUUCCCUUAAAAAAAAAAAAGUUCACACUCACAUACACAGAUGCCUCCACAAGUAGCGAGUCACAACGUCUUAGACCCGAGCAAGGACUCACUGGGAAUAACUUCGCAAGAGCACAGGUGGAUCAAAAUGGAUAUUUAAUAAGCCUUCUUUUUCAUUUCUUUUCCUUUUUUUGUGUUUAUUUUUUUUUUUUGCUUUAGUUUAGUUUUUUAGUUGCAUUUAUUGAAGUUAGCCUGGACCAAUUACUUUUUAGUGUAGAGGGAUUUAGGCCUGAACUGAUGUAUUUUUUGUUCCUUUAAGACGCACAGGGGAGCACCUGUGUGCCACUGGAGCAACAAGCGCACAGGACAAACAGGGAGCUUAGGCCUACCUAUGUAUGUUCUCAUAUAUUUAAGAGGCAUGCAAUAAGAAGACUGGGCUGUUUGGAUGCUGUGUGGCCUAACUUUUAUUUCAGGUGAAGUGUUUUUGGCUGCUGUUGGCUGUGGUUGACGGAGAGUAACAGGAAAAAAAGUCCCCAGAAUUUAACGAGAGAAAGUACAAAAACAACCUCGACGUUUACAGCGUUUGCUGUGAGAAGUGUGGACGUCGUCUGGGAUGCUGACAAGCACUGCAUUAACAACUAACAGCUGUCAAACUCAUGGGAUCAUCCUGCCCCCCGGGCCACUGAGCGGCUCUGAAGAGGUCUCCAGUGCGCAUGUCAGAGCGCUGGACAGCUCCAGAGAGGGAAAUUUAAAAACGGUUUUUGGAGAAUCAAGUGCAACACAGUGAAAUACAGUAGAGGAGCUCACGGCCGACGCUCACAUCCCUCAAAAUCAACUAAAACAGGUACCACAUAUCCCAGGAAAUGAUAGAAGGUGGAAUAACGUCCAGGAUGUCAGGAAUAAUUGAGAACGCUGGGCAUCACCCGUCUCCACAGGACUACAGGCUUCUGACCACGGACCCCUCCCAGCUGAGGGAGGAGGACCUCCCUGGGGACCUGCAGUCUCUGUCAUGGCUCACCUCUGUGGAUGUGCCCCGGCUACAGCAGAUGGCUGAUAGCAGAGGCCACAGCAACGGGCCCUCCCAGGCCAGCUUGCUGGAGCAACAGACAGCUCAACUGAGCAGCAUGACGAUGGCCGCGAGUCAGGGCUCAAUGCUCCACCUCCAGAGUAACAUGCAGCACAGCCCUCUGGGAAUCAGUAUCAUCAACACUCACAGUGGCAGUAUGUCUCCGUUCUCGAUGAAUGGCCUGCCCUCUCCUGGAUACCAGUGCCCUACCUCAGUCUACCAGGCCACACCCCAGCAGGUGUACUCUCUAACCCAAACUGGACAACAGUGUUCUGCUGGGGGGCUUUAUAGCAAUGUUUCUUUCAACAACCAAAGUCUUUUCACACAACCUCGCCUGGCUCCACAAGAGCAGGAGCUGCAGCCCAAGUCUUUCCCCAAGCCAAUCUACUCCUACAGCUGUUUGAUUGCCAUGGCUCUGAAGAACAGCAAAACUGGCAGCCUUCCAGUCAGUGAGAUCUAUAGCUUUAUGAAGGAACACUUUCCUUAUUUUAAGACUGCGCCUGACGGAUGGAAGAACUCAGUCAGGCACAAUCUCUCCUUGAACAAAUGCUUUGAGAAGGUGGAGAACAAGACAAGCAGCUCGUCCCGCAAGGGUUGUCUGUGGGCGCUGAACCCUGCCAAAAUUGACAAGAUGGAGGAAGAGAUGCAGAAGUGGAAACGCAAGGACCUCCCAGCCAUUCGGCGCAGCAUGGCUAACCCUGAUGAGCUGGACAAACUGAUCACAGACCGCCCGGAGAACUGCAGGCGAAAGGCUUUAGAGCCUGGCAUGACCCGGCUGCCCAGCUGUCCAACCGGCCUCCCGCUGCAGGUCCCAUCCCAGAUGCAGCAGCAGCCAAUAGUCACGCUGUCCCUGCCGUGUUUACCCAUGCACCAGCACCACCAGCUUCAGGCCCAGCUCCAGGCUCAGGCCCGACUGGGGCCCAUGUCCCCUGCACCGGCCCAGACGCCUCCCCUCCACACAGUCCCUGACCUUUCUCACAGUCCGCUCACCCAGCAGCCCGGCAAGCCCCCUGACGAUUUCUACACCGUGCACGGAGACACGCACACGGAGGUGGACGCACUGGACCCUAGCAUCAUGGACUUUGCCCUUCAAGGUAAUCUAUGGGAAGAAAUGAAGGACGACAGCUUUAACCUGGAUGCUCUGGGCACCUUUAGUAACUCACCCCUACGACUAUCAGACUGUGACUUGGGAAGUGUCAGCCUCCCUCCCGCCUCCAAUGGAGCGAACCUGCCGCUGUCAGACGUGCAGGUGACGGGGCUGUACACCUCCUACACCUCCCAGGAUCCCCUGUCUUCCCAGUACAUGGGCGCCGCGGCCAACAGCAAGCCCAUUGCCUUGCUUUAGAGCAUUAAAACUGUUUUCUCCAACACGAUCCAUUCAUUCGUCUGUGGAUAUCUGUGGAUGCCACCUGAAGAAGUCUGAUGUCUGGUUUCUUUUGUGCUACUAAAAGUGAAAGAUUUGGGAACCGGGUCAUUAAGAGCUAAAACUGCUGACAAAUAAAGAGGCGGAUGUAAGAGAAAGUGUGUAAGACUUCGAGAAUCGAGCUUUGCCAAGCAAAGACUGAAAGACUCUGUUUGGAGAAUGACAUGUAAGUUAGCAUCCAACAGUUUUUCCACUGCGUUUAAAGACUUUCCAUAAUGUAGCUCCCCAUCUCUCAUCUGUUGUAUUGUGCUAGACAUUAUUGCUGUGAUGUUUUAUUUAUAUUUAUAAAAGGCAGCUGGAGAAAGUGAUGACUCUAUCAAUCUUUUGCUGUAUAUAUUUGAAUGUGUAAAAUUCCUAUUGCCACAAAAAAGCUUUCACUUGACAAUA